UGCAUUGCGCCGUGCCCGGCCUGCCCCUGCUCAUCGGCCUCGCGGCCGCAAGCACGGUCGCCGUCCCAGCCGGCCCCACCUCGACCCCGACCCCGUAUUAUCCCACCACGGCGCCGCCGGCCCUCGAGGCCCUGGGAACCAUCGCCGUCUCCUGCCCCCCCGGCGCGCCCGAGAGCUCCUACUCCAGGUGCUUCACCGCGUCCGCGGCGACGAACUGCGUCACCGACGACGCGCCCUCGGCCUCCAUCUGCUCCCAGCUGUGGAAGAUCAUUCGCGGGCGAGAGGGCGAGGGCGAGGGCGAGAGCGAGCACGCCGGAUCUCCCCGUCGCACGCCCGACACGGCUGCUGCUAACAGUGUGCCGGCGCCGCCGCGGCAAUCGGUCUAGGAGACGACGCGGGCUGCCGAGUCUCGGGCAUGAACAGGUGGAGAGGUGCAGCGCGGGGUGGGCAAUGACUACGCAUACCUUACGUCACGGCGACAGAGCCGGCCGCGGCAGACGAUGCGGGGAAUGUGUAGUUAGAUUCGACGGAUGGAUGAUGGUCACC